AUGACAGGAGAUACUACGAAGGGAAAAAUGUACAAGACUGUAAAACUUGUGAUCAACACGAUAAAAGUUUUUCCUAAUCGAAGCCUGCGUCGAGUUUCCAGUACUAAGAAGAAUGCGUCGCCCUCGAUAUUAAAUGAAACCAAAUUUCAGCCUAUCUUUGUCCAAGAAACUCCCACCAAAACUACAAACAUCACCCGAAAUCCAGAUUCUGUUUCCCCAUCCUUCCUCCUCAAACCAUUACAAUCCUUCCUUCUUCUCGGUACACACGAUGUAAUAACUCCAUUAAACAACGACACAUAUACUUGUCCCAAUUGCCAUUUGACAAAUGCUGUCCACUUUGUACAUGAAGAGGAUGCGAACGCUGUUAGCAAAAAUGUGUAUAUUUGUCUGUCACAUGAGAAGAGUGGAUGCGGCUGGGAAAGUAACGAGAAGCCAGAAGAGGAAGAAGUACAUAGACAAAUCGAGGCUAAGAUCGGAUUCAAGCCGAUAAGACUUGCUUAA